CUUCCCAUGUGAAAUCUCGCCGUCUCCUCUCGGAGCCUUUCCUCCUCGCCUUCUCCCUUCUCUCUCUCUCUCUCUCUCUCUCUCUCUCUCUCUCUCCCGAACCUUCUCGCCAUGGCCGACCACGCUGCGGCGGAGGCGGCGCCGCAGUCGUCGCAGGAGGAGGAGGAGGACUGGAAGGAGGCCGAGGGGGGAGACGGGGACGUCGAGGUGGCGGACAGGGGCGGCGGAGGCGGCGCCGCCAAUGGGGGAAUCCCGGAGGGGAGGCCGAUCCGGGUCUACGCGGACGGAAUCUACGAUCUCUUCCACUUCGGCCACGCCAAGUCGCUCGAGCAGGCCAAGAGGCUGUUUCCUAACACAUAUCUCCUUGUCGGAUGCUGCAAUGAUGAGUUGACACAUAAGUACAAAGGGAGAACUGUUAUGACAGAGGAUGAGCGAUAUGAAUCACUUCGUCACUGCAAGUGGGUGGAUGAAGUCAUUCCUGAUGCUCCAUGGGUGGUAACGGAAGAAUUCUUGAAUAAACAUAACAUUGAUUUUGUUGCACAUGAUUCUCUGCCGUAUGCUGAUGCUAGUGGAGCUGGUAACGAUGUCUAUGAAUUUGUCAAAAAACUUGGUAAAUUUAAGGAAACCCAGCGCACAGAUGGGAUAUCGACGUCAGAUAUUAUAAUGCGGAUUGUUAAGGAUUAUAAUGAGUAUGUUAUGCGGAACCUGGCCAGGGGGUACACCAGAAAGGAUCUUGGUGUCAGUUACGUUAAGGAAAAAAGACUGAGAGUUAACAUGGGAUUAAAAAACCUGCGUGACAAAGUGAAGCAGCACCAAGAAAAAGUAGGGGAGAAGUGGAAUACAAUGGCGAAACUCCAGGAAGAGUGGGUGGAAAAUGCAGAUCGAUGGGUUGCUGGUUUUCUGGAGAAGUUUGAAGAAGGCUGCCACUCAAUGGGAACUGCCAUCAAAGAGCGGAUCCAAGAGAGGCUCAAGGCGCAAUCCAGGGAUUUCAGCCUUCUACAGUAUGAUGGCGAGGAUGUUGACGAGGAUGAGGACGACGACGAAUAUGUCAGAGAAUAAUGCCACCACUGUGAAUAUACGUCAAGUAUAAUAUAUGUACAUGCGCUGCAUGUAGCAGAUCUUCAAUCCUUGGGCAUGUCAUGCACCCCUCUCUCUUCAGGAAUGGUGAACUUGUGCCCCCCAGGUUAGAUUUUGGUGCUGUGUUGUAGCAAUAGCAGGUGUUUUGUUUAGGCUAAGACGCAAAGUAAGCCUGUAAAAUCCCCUAGUCGAUGGCCUGAAUGGUUAUCUGGAAGAUACAGAUAUGUUCAAUUAUAUUUUUGUUUAGCACACAAGAACACUAUAUUUCAAUUGACUAUCUACUAUAUUUCAAUUGACUAUCUACUAUAUUUCAAUC